CGCACAGCCAGAAUUGGCUUAUCAGUCAGGAGAGUUAGUACCAGCUUGGGACGGCUGUACCGACCCUCGCGGUUUAUUAGAAACGGGUGUUACUUGAAGUAUGGUAGUAGGUGUAUAUGCAACGUCAGAUAGUACUUCAUUUAUGUGUUGCCUUUGAGGUGGCCAGUGUGAAUAUUCUGUUGUGGACAUUAAGUGUUGGCUAAUUUUCUGUUUUAUUAUUAUUAUUUUUUAAGUUUAUUCAUUAAGAUUUUUGCUUGAUAAUCGUACACAUUAUUACAAGAACUACAUUUUGUGAUGUUCCUGGAGACAUGAAUUAUGAGUUACAAAUGGUGUGGUAGUUAUUUCUAUAUUAUUUCGUAACGAGUAUUUUAUUAUACAAGCAAAAAAGAGGAAAGAAGAGAAAAGUGUGUUCCACAUUUCUGAACUCAGAGUUAUAAUUAAGAAUGUUGGAUUUUAUUGCGUGUCUUCGAGUGGAAGUUUGUAGCUGAAUAUUAAAAUAUUAAAACAACAUUCUAUGAUAAUUACUGGAGUAACAUAUUUACUUACAAAACUUCAUAAAGAUAUGGAUUUACUUCUGUCAAAACUUGCAUUCCAGACAGUUGCUGUGGCUGUGAUAUUACUGGAUGUUGUUUUCACUUCAUCAAUCGGCCCUCAGUCUCUGAAGGUCGGUCCCCCACCGAUGAUUUUUGAUGACUUCAGCCCGGCCUGCUUCAACUUCACCCAUGGCAACUAUCAAGAGAUGGAGUUCUAUAGUCCAGGAUACCCCCAACAGUAUCCGAACGAGAUUGACUGUGUCAUGUACUUACAAGCGCCCCCUGGGUUCUAUGUAGAUCUGUAUUUCACGGACGAGUUUUCCAUCGAGGAGUCGGAAGGAUGCAAGUACGAUUUUAUAGAGCUUCGGGACGGACCAUUCGGUUACUCCAAAUUUCUGGCGCGCUUUUGUGGGGAGGAGUAUCCGGUGACCGUGCAGACAAAGUCUCGUUUCCUGUGGACGCGAUUCUCGUCUGAUGGCCUCGUGCAGUAUAACGGCUUCCGGGCGGUGUAUGAGUACAAAAUAUCCUCGGAAUACGAUUCAGUUAACGAUCCAAACCAAGUUUGUCGUAUAUACAUGGACAACCUCGGUUUGGACGGGGAGAUCAACUCUAAGGUGUUUCCCCUGGCAGAUACGUCACGCAGGGAAUUCCCCAUCGACGAUCCGGUUGACUGCACUUGGGAGAUGCUGGCAGAGAAGGGUCAACGAAUUCUACUAAGCGACAUCAAACUUCACAUGCUACGGGACGGCCAAUGUACACGGAACCGGAUUGAAAUGUACGAUCGGACCACCUCGGAGGAUGACCGGACGGGCGUUUAUUGUGCGGGCCCGGUACCGAACUACAUGUCUGAGAGUAACCGCGUUUAUUUACGGAUUCUCGGAAGCCGCCUCUCUGAAAAACCGGUCCUCCAUGGCAGAUAUACGGUGUACCGCCCGGCUAAUACAAGAACGGACCAGGAUCCAUGUGAUCCAGAUGAAUUCCACUGUGACGGGAUCUGUCUUAACCAGGCGCUUGUCUGUAACGGCCACCAGAACUGUCCGACUUCCGGUGCAGACGAGAAGAACUGCGCAGGCGCAGCAGCUUCUUCGGGUGACUCCGGUGGCUUCCCCCUGAUGGCAAUCAUCUUGGCAGGCGUCGGCGGACUGAUCUUAGUCCUCGUGGUGAUCGGCGUGUGCGUUAUGUGUCGGCACCGGAAGGGCGGCCGCAAGCCCAAAGGCGUCCAGAAACAAGACAGUCAGAAGAGAAACGCAUUGGAGCUCGCGGUAAGCGACAGCCUGAAUACGGCCUAUCAGUUGUCCAAGCAGAACAAUCCACAGGGGAACUAUUACAGCCUCCCGCGGACGGCCGGCCAAACCACAAUGAUGCAACACCGCGGGAGUUUUUCUAAAGUGCCGUCCGAGGGCGACUAUGGUGACCAUAUGUCCGAUUCAAGCACCUAUAAAAAGUUUAUACAGCUAGAACAGAAUUUCGACGACGACUCUAGCCGAUGUCCAUCUCCAUACAGCCCCGGGUUCACCACCAUCAUAGAGCAGCAUCCAGCUCCGCCCGGGAUGACCCCUGAUCUUGGCUGGAACUAUCAACCCCAUGAGAACACGACCUCCGUGCCCAGCCUAGCGGAAAAUCUUUCAAAACUUCAGCUGUAUACCAACUUUAGUGGCAUGGUACCUAAAACUAUUCCGACGACGACAGCAUCGGAAACCCCAAUGACGAUGGACUUCCGGUAUGACCCGAGUUCACCAGUAUACCCUGCUACUAAAUUUAGAAUCAAAUCCCCGGAUGUAAAUAACGCCUGGGAAUCACAAGACAACGGCAAUAAGAUGGUUGGCAGCCCGCCAACCAGCCCAACUAAAUCUCUAACAUUUAAAAACAAAGAUGCAGACGUGGCGCCUGAUCUCACGCGAGAAAUUGAGGCGACGUGAAAUGGUGCAAUUACACUAUAUAAGGACAGCUUAUCCGUUUAUAAUAAUAACAACUUAGUGAAUUAAUGGAACCAAAGACAUAGCAGUCAUAAUCGCCAGGACUAUGGCAUUGGCUAUUGCAUGAAAUGAAACGUGGAAAGGAAUCUAAGAAGUCAUAACUUAAAUGACGAAAUCAAUCUCCCGACUCUUAAGGUCUCUUGUUAGUAUACUAAUAUCGUUACUACAUGUUAUAUAUAACUUGGAUUCUGACGUUGAGCUUGGGUUCUGACGGUGAACGGGGAUUCCGGAAAUGAACGCGGAUUCCGAAGAUGAAGACAGUUGAACAUUGAAACCUACGUGUUUGUCACGUGGGAUCCAUACGAAUCGAAAUAAAGAUACAGUCGAACCCGGUUGGCUCGAACUCCAAGGGACCGCCGAAAAUACCUCGAGCCUCGGAAAUUUCGAGCCAAGCGAAAUAGCUUAGCUUUAGUAUAAAGAAAGCGGUCCCUUACAUUCAAUUCGAGGAAUUCGAACCAAGAGAGUUCGAGCCAACGAGGGCCGACUGUAUAAACUGUGGAUUUUUCAUCACCAUAUAUAGUGGGAACAAGACUUAUUAUAGGUGCCAUAUCGUUUACAUACAGAUCCAUAAUGAAGUAUCAUCGAGUUGUAAUGUAUGUCGCGUUUAUAUGACAUGUUUUCCCCACGGGGGCAAAUUAUUGGCUUUUUAUUCAAAGUGCUCAUUUUUCUCAACUGUCAUGUUAACGCUUACAAAAAUACACCAAAGACAAAUUUUCCAUCGUGGGUAUGUCCGCCCUCGGGGGCGGGGAGAGUGGGAAUUUACCCCAGGGGCAAAUGUUUGGCAUAUUAACGCAGCAGGAGAUGACUAACUCCAAUAAAUAGCUCAUUAUAAUAAUAUGGUAUUAUCAGACAAGGAUGAAAUCACACCUUUGUAGAAGGUUAUCUUUUUAUAUGUCUCACUAUAUAAUAUUCCAUUGAAUAAUUUCUUAUUUUUUAUAUUUCUAUUUCACUUUUAGGUCACAAAAUGCAAAUAUAUUCCAUAAACUAGAAGCAAACGCCGUAACGCUACAAUACAAUGGGCUGAUUGCUCAGAACUUCGUUAAAGUUAACAUCGUUAUUAACGCCAUCGUUGUUAACUUUCAAAUCUUUAUUCUUCCAGAACUCAAAUGGAAACACUUGUCUUGUGAUUAGAUUUCGUAAUUUUAAAAAAGAUUAUACACACUUAUUUAAGGUGAAUGGGUUUUAUCUAACUAUUUGAGCAUGUUACAUUAUAGUUCACCUUUUAAAGUAAACAGCGAUGCUGUUAACAACUUCUCAACAAUCGGCCCAUUGUUGGAUUGUCCCCGGCAUUUAUGCAGCUGUACCUUUUCCAAAUAUUGUAGCAUUUUGUCGUUUAAAAGUAAAUUCCUUUGAACAAAAUUCUGGUAAUAUAACUUUCCAUAAAGUUUAUUUAGCACGGAGAAAAUCCUAUACUUGUAUAAAAGGCAUAUGUAAUAUGCUUGCUAAAUAUUGAACCUUUAAAAGACAAACAAUUUUUCCCAAAGUUUUGUGUUUGACCCUUCAAGUCCAUUCUGCAUUGUGACGAUUAUUUCAUUGAUGUAUCAAUUUUGUGUUUGACGUUGAUAAGUUUCAUUUUUUUCAUUAUAGAUAUUGUUACGCGCAUUUUUCAUGUACAUAUAGCAAUUGUAGGUGCUUGAAUAAGCCUUUUCUGUCUCAGUGUCAUGUAUAUAUCGCUGUUUAUCUACAAAUAUAUUUUCUAACAAUUA